AUGACUGCUCUCAAUCUCAUCGCGGAGUAUGUGCUGCGCAAACUCUCUCAACAUAGACCUCUUUUCGUUGCAAUCCAGGGUCCACAGGGCUCCGGAAAAUCGUAUCUCGCCACUCACGUACAAUCUUUGCUGCAGAAACCACCGCAUUCUCUCCGUGUCGCAGUCCUAUCUAUCGAUGAUUUGUAUCUUCCUCACAAAGAUUUAGUGCUCCUGGCCGCCGCUAACUCAGACAAUCCACUUUUGAAUGGCCGCGGACAACCCGGGACCCAUGAUGUUGAUCUUGGAGUGCAAAUUUUGUCUGCAUUGAAAACCGGCAACAGCACUAUUGAGUUGCCAAGAUUUGACAAAAGCUUACAUUCAGGUGAAGGCGACCGUCUUCCUGUCGAUGGAACUGGCACAAUCGUAGUACAGCCUCCCAGGAUAGAUGUUGUAAUCUUCGAAGGCUGGUGUGUCGGCUUUUCCCCUAUAUCAGAACAAGAAAUUUUAUCUCGGUGGAGAGGUGUUUGGGACUCAGAACGGCGGAAGCUGAACCGUGGGCUCGACAACAUUUGUCGACCUGCAGAUUUAAAAAUUAUCAAUGAAUACCUAAAACAGUACUCGCGACUAUGGAGCUUUUUUGACAUCUUCGUGCAGCUCAAACCGGAGGAGCCACCAUUUAGCCACGUAUCGCGCUAUGAGGUGGUGUACAAGUGGAGACUGGAUCAGGAACAUAAUAUGAAAUCCCGCAAUGGUGGAAAAGGAAUGUCAGAUACUGCCGUCCAAUCAUUCGUUGACAGGUACAUACCUGGUUAUGUCUUUUUUGGAGAUUUUCCCCCUUUGAGGCAUGAAGAGAAUCUGGAAGGCACUUCUAUUCAAGCAGUAUCAGGGUUAUCCAUUGUGCUUGAUGAAGCAAGAAACGUGAUUGCUAGCUCAACAUUCUAA